AUGCGGCUGCAUUCGUGGUCGACCCUCUCCGUGGUCGCUCUCACGAGCUCCAUCUGCCCCUAUCUUCCGUCGCUCAGCCCCGAACACGAUGCCGAUACCUAUCUGUCUCUCACCUGGGCCGUGACCAACGGCUCCCUCUAUGCCAACGAGGAUCAAAUCUUCCCGCCGACAAUGUCGAUGCAACUCCAUGCGCCUCAAUUCAGAGGCCAGGCCCAGUCGCGCGUAGGUGACGAUGACCUGGUGCUCUUGUAUGCGCUGUCGGCCCGGCCGCUUUCUUCCGAGGAAGUUGGGGCGACCUCCCAGAUUGUCCGCGUGCGCGUGGACCUGAUGGACCCCCAAGGAGCGCCGGUCACGCCGAACGCGGUCGUCUUGGAUCUGCUCGCCCAUCCCGACGGCAGCCAGCGUAUUACGCGCAUCCGGAUGGAGCCAGGGCAAGGCCAUCGCGCCGGCCAUGACCGCCCCUGGCACAUGAAGUUCUGGCAGACCCAGAUGGCAGCCAUCGUCAACUACAACAAAAAGCACCCGGAGAACCAGCCGGCCUCGGCCGCCCAGCACGCGCACAAUGCGACGGAAGACUCGACGCAGUCGCGGCCGACCGGCGCCGCCCAGACAGACGAUGGCAGUGAGGAAGAAACCCAGGUCGGCUUCAUCUUCUCUCCCUACUGGUCGCCCUCGGCCUACUCGCACCCCGGCCACCGCCACGGCCGCCCUCAUCACCGCGACCAUAGUUUUAUGCGCCUGAUGCGCCCCGUCAUCCUGCCCGCCGUCCUGGGGGCCGCUGCGGGCCUAGUCGCCUGCUUGCUGGGCUUCCUGAUCGGUCAUCUAUGCAUGUCCCUCUCCGUCCGUCUCGGCCUCCGCAAGAAGAGGCAACACCGCCGGUCCGGGUCCGGGUACGUGGAAGAUGGGACGCGCGGAGAGAAAUCUAGCCUCGUGGUCCCGGAGAUCUACGUGACAGAUUCCGAUUCGGAUGCUUAG